AAGACAGUUUAAACAACUCAAAACUACAGCUUGCUAAGAGUUCCCAACUCCCUUCUACUUGCACACUUGCACCCUCUUCUCUCUAUCCCUCUCCACAACUUUCUGAUAUCCUUAUCUAUCCCUCUUUUGUACUACUGCUACUGCCUCUUAUACUACAAGAAAGAUUAAUUAGCCCUAUACCUUGAACUUUUGCAGGAAUCCCUUUUGGGGUUUAAUUGUUUUUCUCAGUCUUCUUCUAACGUUGGCGUAUGGAAUUUAUGGACAGCCAACAUCAGAAGAGGAGGGACAAAGAUGAUGAGAAGCAAUACCAUGAAGGGAUGUUGAAGCAAGGAAGCAAAGAACAAGUAGAAGCAUCAACUACUGCUAGCACAACUUCUGCAGCCUCACCACCUUCUCCUUCUUCAUCUCCAUCUCAUGAAUUCUCUUUUACAAUAUCUCUCCAACCAUCAUCGGCAACGACUAGUACAGCCACUACAGCAAAAAGUACAGCCUCCAACAGUAUAUCUGCGGAUAAAACCAAGUCAUCUCCAGCUUCAUUUGCUCUAGAUUUAUCUCCAGCUGAUGACAUAUUCUUUCACGGCCACUUACUCCCUCUCCAUCUCUUGUCCCACCUACCCGUUUCCCCUCGCUCUUCCACAAAUUCCUUAGACAGUUUUACUCUCCCCAUUAAAGAAUUAUACGAAGCCGACGGCCAAAACCUCAACAGCGUGAAUAGUACAAGCAGCAAGAGUAAAAGCGAGAUAAUUAAUAGGAGGAUUGGUGAUGAGGAUCGAAACAGCAAAAAAAACCAUGUGGGCUAUGAAACAGGCGGAAGAAGCAACAAGUCCAAGUCAUUUUCCUUGUUCGGGCUAUCAUCAAAAUGGAGAAAAGAUCAGAACCAUAUUACCAAUAGUGGUGCAGGAGAAAAGGAGCUGGAAGACAAAGAUAGACAUAAGAGGAAGCUGAAGCUGGUGGACUUGAGCCAUGUUUUGAAAAGGUAUAUCAGAAUGGUUAGGCCACUUUUGUCGUUCGGGAGCAGCAGGAGAGGAAAUAUGCAAUUUCACAGGCAAUCUUAUUCAUAUUCAGGGAAUUUGAGCCUGAGGAGAAAACCAGAAUUUAGAGGAAGAAGAGGAGAGUUUUCAGCUCCUGCAUCCAUGAGGACAUCUCCAACAAAUAGUGGGCUGUUAGUAGCCACCGGAACUCUUUCGAGUUGCUCCACAAGUGACAGUACCAUGGAAGAAUUGCAAGCUGCAAUUCAAGCUGCAAUUGCUCAUUGCAAGAAUUCAAUUGCCAUGGAAGAGAAAAUCAAAUGCCAUGACUAGGGAUGGGUUGCUUUCAAUGUUCGUGCAUGCACAGAACGCAAAUUCUUCCUUCUUGUAGCUUUCGUGAUUAUUCAAUUACAGAAGGGGGUUCACCAAACAAGAAGCUGUGACGACAAUGGUCAACGACAGAAUUCUGCUAUGUAUGUGGCAAUAAUUCCUACCACCUUCAUGUGGCGUUGUUUUUUGUUGUUGUGAAAAUUUACAUGGUCGUGUUUUAAUUAGGAGUUUGGAGAAGGAGAAGCCAUGAUGAGGACAAAUUGAGUGGGUCUUAUUGAGUUGAUGGAAAUGGAAUUUCUUAAGAAAUGGUACCAAGUACAGCAUUAAUCAUUGUCGACAACUAACAAUGCAUGUGGUACUUUGGUGAAAAUUAAUUUCAUACUCCUAGCUACCAACCAGUCGGCUUGUUGAUUCUAU